AUGCCCUGCGUCCGCCCUUCGCCGCCCACCGCCACCCAGAACGCCGCCCGUCGCCGGAGCCACCUCGCCGGACCUGCCCCACCGGACUGCAUCCCCGUCUCCAAUGUGUCGUCCUCGUCCUCCUCCCCGCGCCCCACUGCCCCGUCCCUACGCCCCGCGGUGAGGCCCCGUCCUUCCCCUUCUCUGUCCCGCUCACCCGUCCACCAUGCCCACUCGUCGACGCACCGCGCGCUCGGGCCGUCCUCGCCCCAUCCGCCGCGUCGUCGCCCACGGCCCCGCACUGGUCACGCCCGCUCGUCGCGCCCACUGGCGUCACGCCCGCACGCGCUGCGCCCCGCGCCGUGGCCGGCCCCUUCUGCUUUUCUACCUCACCGGCGCGCCCUCCACCGCGACUCUCCGCUCCCGUGCCGGAGCUCGCGACUGCUACCGCUGCCCGCCAUGGCCGCGCUAAAGUGCCGCCCGACCACUGCUGCUCCGGUCCGCUCGCGCUCACCGCCCCCCGGAGCCGCUCUCGCACCCGGCUGCGCCACUGCGCCCGCGCACACCCGCUCUGCCUACGCCCGGGGCCGCGCCUCCCCUGCAUGGCCUCCCCCGCCCUGCUGCUUCCCGCGCGCCCACGGCCGUGCCUGCCUGCUCCGCCGUGGCCUCGCGCGGCCCCGCUCCUCGUCUGCCUCACACGCCCCCACUGGCCGCUCGUCGGCUCCCCGGACCGCCGCCCCGUGUCCGUCCCGCAGCGUCCCUGCUGCUGUGUCGCGCCGACACGCAGCCCCGGCCCCCUGCGCUGUUACAGCCGCUCGUCGCUGUGGCCGCCGGCGCCCAGCGCCGUUUCCUCCCUGUCGACCUGGGCGGGUGCCCAGCGGCCGCUCCAAGUGCCCGCUAGCGCCAAACGAACUAUGGCCCUUAGGGCCAAUGACAUGUGGGGCUCCAGCCCCCAGAACGAUAAACGGUCACUAA